GACAUGGCGGCGCCCAGCCCGGCGCUGAGGCAGAGGCGGGCGGCGGGCGGCGGCGUCCCCGAGGUCCCGCCGCGGGUUGUGGCGGGGCCGGCGGGCAGCGGGGCCGGGCCGCCGCCGGGCACCUUCUGGCUGACCCGCAUCGUGCUGCUGCGAGCCGUAGCUCUGCUUUACUUUGUGGCCUUCCUGGUGGCGUAUCAUCAAAACAAGCAGCUAAUAGGAGAGAAGGGGCUGCUCCCUUGCAAACUCUACCUGCAGAAUGUCAAAAAGUAUUUCAAAGGGAAGAUAAACCUGGAUGCCCUGAGCUAUGCACCAACAAUCGUCUGGUUUCUGGAUUGGUCUGACAUGGACAGCACCCUGGACUACCUCUCCCUGGUUGGCCUGGCGACUUCAGCCUUUGUAUUGGUAACUGGAUGUGCAAACAUGGUCCUCAUGGCUGUCCUGUGGGUUCUCUACCUCUCCUUGGUCAAUAUUGGACAGAUUUGGUAUUCGUUUGGAUGGGAAUCACAGCUCCUGGAAACGGGGUUCCUGGGGAUAUUCCUCUGCCCGCUCUGGACCCUCUCCCGCCUGCCCCGGCACACUCCUCCUUCCAGCAUCGUCAUCUGGGGCUUUCGGUGGCUGAUUUUCAGGAUCAUGCUUGGAGCGGGGCUGAUUAAAAUUCGAGGAGAUCGCUGCUGGAGAGAGUUAACUUGCAUGGAUUAUCACUACGAGACGCAGCCAGUGCCCAACCCCAUCGCCUACUUCAUGCACCACUCGCCGUGGUGGUUUCAUCAGAUCGAGACCACGGUCAAUCACUUCAUCGAGCUGGUGGUGCCCUUCUUUCUCCUCCUGGGACGGCGGAUGUGCAUCGUCCAUGGCCUCUUGCAGAUCCUCUUCCAGGUGCUUCUGAUCCUAAGUGGAAACCUGAGUUUCCUCAACUGGCUGACCAUGGUGCCCAGCAUCGCCUGCUUCGACGACGCCAGCCUGGGCUUCCUCUUCAGCUCCAGGCGAGGAGGGGUGAAAGAGCGGGUGGCGCAGAUGCAGCUCGGAGAUACAGCCAGGGAGCAGCUGCCCCUGGGCUGCUACGUCCGCAAAGUGGUGAACAUCUCCUUUGGCCUCCUGCUUGCUUAUCUCAGCAUCCCGGUUGUCCUAAACCUGCUCAGCUCCAGACAAGUCAUGAACACGUCGUUCGACCCUCUCAGAAUAGUGAACACCUACGGAGCUUUCGGGAGCAUUACCAAGGAGAGAACAGAAGUUGUCCUUCAGGGGACAUCCAGCCUGGAUCCCAAUGACCCCGCUGCUGUCUGGGAGGAGUACGACUUCAAAUGCAAGCCCGGGGACUUGAAGAGGAGGCCGUGCUUCAUCACCCCCUACCACUACCGCCUGGACUGGCUUAUGUGGUUCGCUGCCUUCCAGACCUACGAGCAGAAUGAAUGGAUAAUCCACUUGGCUGGGAAGCUGCUGGCCCAGGAAGAGGAGACCUUGUCCUUGAUGGCAACGAACCCCUUUGCUGGCCGAGCACCCCCACGGUGGAUUCGAGGGGAACACUUCAAGUAUAAAUUCAGCCGACCCGGGGGAAAGCACGCCAGCGAGGGGAGGUGGUGGAUUCGGAAGAGGAUCGGGCCUUACUUCCCCCCUGUCAACCUCCAGGGCCUGAAGAAGUUUUAUGAAGACAGGAAUUGGCCGUACCCCGUGCAGGACUGAUGGAGGAGGACGAACGAGGUCGAGAGGGACCGGCUGGGGAAGAGGGAGAGCAGUCAGCUCCUGCACAAACUACAUGUCUUGCUUCUGUCUGUAUUUUUCAUCCAAAUCCUUAUUUACACGUAUUAUACAGAAGGUUCCCAGCCAACCUGCCCACCUGCUGUUGUGGUCUGGUUUUCCUCAUCGUUCUCUUUCUUUCUGGUCAUCCUUCUCGCCACAGCCAUGCCUGGUGAUGGAUUUCUUAUGCCAGGCUGCUCUGUUUGGAAACCGUCAGCUCUAGAAUUUGUGGAAAAAGGUGAACAAAUCCCGCAAUUAGUUUUGGGCAGGUGUUGGUGUGGCUUUCGCUGACCCGUUGCUUCGUGUGAUGGCUGUAGAGGCAUGAGGGGAGAUUUCGGGGUGGUCUCCUGCCUCAGCCGGUGCCCCCCCCCCCAGGGCUCACAGGCUCCGUGGGGUCUGGCAUGGGGCAGAGCAGCCGAGUCCUGCUCCUCCAUCCCACCCCGACGUGUGCCACCAGCACCGAGCCAGCAAAGCUGCUUUAUUCCCAACACAGCUGUCCCCACGCUGCCCUCGUCGUCACCCCGAGCAGGGCCCAGUUGCAACCUUCUCCCCACAGGUUAAUGACCAGGCUGAGCUACGUGUCCUGCCUGAAUUUCCCCUGUCCCUCCUGUUUGCUUUGGAGUGUCCCCCUCACCUCGGUUCGUGUUUAAAAUCCCCCCCAAAAUUGUGCCCCCCCGCGUGGGUUUUGCUCGGCGAGCCCGAAUCACAGCGAUGGGGAGGGAAAUGAGAGCAAGAACAUGGUGUCUGAAACAGCCAUCAGCUGGCCAGGGUGGUUUAUAAUAAUCGAUUGCUUGUUAGCACAUUCUGCUGCACACGGUUCUUCUUGCAGGGGAAAAAAGAAAAAAAAAAAAAAAAAAAGAUCAAAGCAACCUGUGUGAUGCAUAAACCCCCGUUGUAUCAGGCUUGAAAGCCGCAGGUUUACUGAGAAAACCCGAAAUAGCUCCUUGCUGGAGCUGCCGCGUGGGCUCGGUGACGCGGCGCCGAGGACAAGCGCAGCCCUGUGCGGCCGCCCCGGCCCAUGGCCCCGCGGUGCCGAUGCUCGCGGGUCGCCGCGGCCGGUUGGGGCAAGAGCCCGGAGUCAACAAGUCUGCCGCCAGCCCCGCCGCCUUUCAACGGGUCCCGCGCUGGCCUGCGCCUUCCUGUUUGCUUAACCUGGGGAUUUUUAGAACUGGCGCUUUUUGUUGGCGGCCCCGAAAUCUGCCUCUUCGGGGAGCUGGCGGAGUACGGGGCUGAGCGUCCCACGGGCACGGUCCAGCGCCGACAGCCCACGCACCCAAGCAGGGGAGGGCAGGGAGAUGCGCAGGAAGGGGCUUGCCAGGCUUUUCCCCCCCGCUGGGUUUUUCCAGUGGCGUUCACCUUGCCCCCCCCCCCCCGCCCCGGAGAGGAAUUCCAGUGGCUGGAAAGCUUACAAUAAAGGCUUUCACCCUUCCAGAGCAAAUUCAACCCAAGCCACAAGCGAAGGGGAAGGCGUCGCUGCGUGCUGGGCUGUGAAGCGGCGCAGAGCCACCCUCGCCAGGGGCCACCAACCUGGCGGGGCCCGGUGGGGGGUGGGCACCCUGGGGGGCAGAGGCGGUGGGCGCAUCCCUGGGGCUCAUCCAGCUGAGCCCGUCCCCUCCGGCGCGAGAUGCGCCCAAAGCAGCCGAAUGUUUUCAAAAGAAAAACCGGGUCCAAACCGGGCAAAGCAAACCGGCGGGUACAGUCGGCACCGGCACUGGCACGAGGCGGCGCAGGCUGUGAGCGCGGGCACAGAAAUGCCAUUUUACACGUUUCUUACCCCUUUUUGACCCCGAUUGUACCGAACGGGCACCACCGAGUAUAUUUCUGGAAAGGGAUUAAAGCGGACAGCUCUUGAAUAACCA